AUGAAAUCCGUUAAAUGUGUUGUCAUUGGUGAUGGUGGUGUCGGUAAGAGUUCUUUAUUAAUUUCAUAUACUACAAAUACUUUCCCACAAGACUAUGUUCCUACAGUAUUUGACAAUUAUUCAACAACUGUCGCAAUUAAUGAUACCGAUUCAGGUGAAGAUGAAAGUGACACUCAAUUAUUUAAAUUAAAUUUAUGGGAUACGGCUGGGCAGGAAGAGUAUGACACUUUAAGACCAUUGUCGUAUCCUCAAACAGAUAUUUUUUUAAUAUGCUUUUCCGUUGAGGAUCAAGCAGCUUUUAGUAACGCAAGAAGUAAAUGGUAUAAUGAAGUUCUAGGUACAAUUAAUUUAAAGAACUCGGCUAUUUAUAAGGUUAAAAAUAAGUAUCCUAUAUUGUUAGUCGGUACCAAGUCCGAUUUAAGAGAAAAUGAAGCCACAAGGGAAGCUUUAGAAAAAUCGAAUUCUUCUUUUAUAACGAAAGAAGAGAUUGAUGGCUUUAUCAAUGAUACAAAUAUACUAGGAUACGUUGAAUGUUCAGCAGCAACACAAACUGGUGUGAGCAAUGUAUUUGAAACUGCAGUAAGGCAUAAUAUAUUAAAAGUACCAGGACUUGACGAAUCACUAAAUGGUGAUCAAUCUAGUAAUGAAAAUAAAAGUAGCAUAAAAGAUAUAAAUCCAACCAAAACUGAGCUAGAUACUGUGAUAGAAAGUUCACAUGAAAAUACAUCCACAAAGUCGCAAAAGAGCGUAACGGAAAAUAUUCCAAAUGAUAGACAAUAUAAAUCCUCUGAAUUAGUCAAAAAAGAAAGUGAGGUAAAAUCUAAUAAUAACGUAAGGAAAGAUUCUAAUGAUAAGAAAGUAACUACUCCUAAAAGUAGCACUUACAAAAAAACAGUAGUAAAGAAUAAAAUCACUGCAAAGUUAAAGAAAGUGCCCACUACUAAACAGGCUCCAGAUAAAAAUAAAAACUGUAUCAUAGUAUAA